AUGCCAUAUGCACUAGGCUCCGAGGCUUCCAUUGUCCGCAUCGCAGGGGCUGGGUUUCGGCUCUCCCUGCUCCUCAACGCGGCCGCCUGUCAGCUCGCACAAUCCCGCAUCGAUAUCCACAGCAUCGCCAAGGGGAUCUCGCUCUUUGCGCUGACCCUCAAGCAUGUGGGACAGACGCUGGAGGCCGCGGAUCUGGAUCGGUCUCCCGAGGCCACCGAGAAAGCUUGGGAAAUCGCCGGCCAGGGCCAGAUGGUGUUCGUCGAAAUCGAACAUAUGCUGGACAAACUGAAAGGAACCGACGCGAAUGACAACCUCCAGACGAUUCCCGUCCAGGAGCGUCUCAGAUGGUGCUUUCCGAAACAGCAUGUCACCUAUCUGUUGGCCCAGUUGGAGUCUCUGAAGCUUAGUCUCAUCGUGGUGCUCCGAAUCUUGCAGCUGGGCAACCUGAUCAAGGCCAGCGUGGACAAUCCUGCCUCGUCGCUGACCGUGGACGAUGCGAUUGCCCAGGAAAAAGCAGAAACACAAAACAUGAUCAUCGUGCGGUACUGGUCGGUCAAACGUCUCGAUCGUUUGUGGGAUAUGGUGGAACAGGAGGCGAUGGAGGCCGCCAACGACGAGACCAACCAGAUGAUCAGCUCCAAUUACUCGGCACCGAACACUGCCGCAGCAUUGAAGCCGCUGGUCGCUGCGACUAAAGGUUCUGAACUGACCCGCCUCCCCGCCGUGACCUUUGGGAAUAGUGACGUGGGACUGAGUGACAUUGAACGAUCGCCGAAGGACAUGGUUCACUUGUCCGAGAGUGCCAUGAACCAACUGCUGUCGGUCUGGAUGCCUUCACUGGACUCUUCUUUAGUGCGGGAUGCCGGCAAGCCGGCCCACGGGUAUGAAAAUUCUGGCCAGCCCCGGAUCUAUAUCUCAUCCGACAGCGAGAAUGACUCGAAAGACCUCGAUUUCGACGGCCAUGAAGUGCGAGGAUACUAUCUGGAAGGGAAUACGGUGGACUGGCGCAAGCCGCAGUCUCAAGAAGCUCGUUAUCAUGCCGCCCAGAUGCGCAGGCGGUAUUCCAGCUACCAGGCCCAGGUCGAAAGUGAUUCGGAUGACGACAACGAUCGGCGACGAAACAACCACCGAAACAAUAAGACGACCGCUGGCUCCAGCGACGAGAACGAACAGAGAGCUGCUGAACCGCAUCGACCCUCGCUCAGCGUCCCCGUGAACAGCGGUGGUCGCGUCCAUUCUAGCAGCAUGCCAUCCAGAUAUUCUCCCACAUCGACGACCAGACAACCAGCGCCAUACUCAAGCAACAGCUUCUCGCAACCCACCACGACUCCCCAUCAGGCCGCCCCCAGCCGCCCCUCCAGCACGCCCCAGGACUCCCUCCCCAGCAACCAUACAGACACUACUCGAACCAAGACUACUCUAGCACCCCACGGCGAGCAGCCCUGGGGCCGACAACCAGUCUACAACAGCAGCAACCUGCACCAACCCCGCCACUUCGCUUCCGCAUACCCGCUCUCAACCUCAUCUCCCGAGUCAGGCUGGGCAGGCCCCCCUCGUUCACUGCAGCAGUCUCCCUCGCAUUCCCACCGUCGAAUCGCGCGUGACGAUGCUAAAGAGUCUAAAGAGCGCGAGCGCGAGCGGCACAAGAAUCUGACGCGCAAUGCCACGCGGGGGUUGGCAGGUGUCGGAGCGAUUGCGGGCUUUAUGGAUGCGUUGGAAGCAUUUGAUAUUCUGUGA